GUUGUAAAAGUUUGCAAAGCAGCGGCAGCCCCAGCUCCCGGGGAAACGGAAGCCGGUCGAGGGAGCCUGGCGGAGCGGGAGCCGAGAACCGCGCUGAGCUGAAUUCAGCCGGGAUUACAAGCUCAAGGCAUCCGGACACUCUCAAGAGGCAGUCUCUGCCCCUUUGGCUCAACUGACCUGACCAUGUGGACUUAGCCCCUCCGGGGUCAGGACUAGAGUUUUAAAAUAAAAUGGAUGAUGUGACGUUACUUGAUCUUCUGGAGUGCCCCGUGUGCCUCGAAAAGCUCGAUGUCACCGCCAAAGUCCUCCCUUGCCAGCACACCUUCUGCAAACCAUGUCUCCAGAGGAUUUUCAAGACCCACAAGGAGCUGAGGUGCCCUGAAUGCAGGACCCUGGUGUUUUGCAGCAUCGAGGCGCUGCCAGCCAACCUGCUGCUCCUGCGCCUUCUGGAUGGCGUGCGCUCGGGACAGGGCUCGGGGGGAGGGGGCACCCUCCGCAGGCCUGGCGUGCUGACCUCACAGGACAGCAGGAAGAGCAAGACUCACCCCCGAGGUCUGCAGUGCAGCCCUUUCCGGCUGGUGCCUAACAUCAGAAUCCACAUGGAUGGGGUGCCGCGAGCAAAGGCCUUGUGCAACUACCGAGGGCAGAAUCCCGGUGACCUGAGGUUUAAUAAGGGAGAUGUCAUCCUCCUCCAGAGACAGUUGGAUGAGAACUGGUACCAGGGGGAAAUCAAUGGAGUCAGUGGGAUCUUCCCAGCCAGCUCCGUAGAGGUCCUCAAGCAGCUUCCCCAGCCACCCCCACUCUGCCGGGCCCUCUACAACUUCGACCUGCGCAACAAGGACAAGAGUGAGAACCAGGACUGCCUGACCUUCCUCAAGGAUGAUAUCAUCACUGUGAUCAGCCGAGUGGAUGAGAACUGGGCAGAAGGCAAGUUAGGAGAUAAAGUCGGCAUCUUCCCAAUCUUAUUUGUAGAGCCAAACCUCACCGCAAGACACCUCCUAGAGAAGAACAAAGGCCGCCAGUCAUCCCGCACAAAAGGCAUGUCCCUGGUGUCAUCCUCCAGAGGCAAGGCGACCAACACACCCACACUCCGAAGGGGCCCGGGGUCCAGGAGGAAGGGGCCCGGGCAGUUCUCCAUCAUGACAGCCUUGAACACCCUCAACAGGAUGGUGCACUCUCCCUCGGGGCGCCAUAUGGUGGAGAUCAGCACCCCAGUGCUCAUCAGCUCCAGCAACCCCUCUGUGAUUACCCAGCACAUGGAGAAAGUGGAUGCUCCUCCCAGCUCCGUGGGGCAGGUCAGCACUUAUCACCCUGCACCUGCCUCCCCAGGACAUUCCACGGCCAUCAUCAGUCUGCCUGGCUCCCAGCAACACCUCUCAGCUAACAUGUUUGUAGCCCUGCACUCCUACUCAGCCCAUGGACCUGACGAACUGGACCUGCAGAAGGGAGAGGGCAUCAGGGUCCUGGGGAAGUACCAGGAUGGCUGGCUCAGGGGCGUCUCCUUGGUGACCGGGCGAGUCGGCAUCUUCCCCAACAACUAUGUCAUCCCCAUUUUCAGAAAGACAUCUAGUGUUCCAGACUCCCGGAGCUCUGCUCUCUACACCACAUGGUCGUUAUCCACCUCCUCUGUGUCCUCCCAAGGCAGCAUUUCAGAAGGUGAUCCCCGGCAGAGCCAGCCCUUCAAGUCCGUCUUCGUGCCCACGGCCAUAGUCAACCCCGUGCGGAACCUGGCCGGUCUGGGGACCCUGGGGCAGGGCUCCCUCCGCAAAUCACGGAGCAGCAUGAGAAAGAGUAAGUGGUGGCAGAGAGAUGGAUCCCUGCAGAGACCCGUCCAGUCAGGGGUCCCCACCCUCGUGGUGGGCUCCCUCAGACGCAACCCCACCAUGGUCGUCCAGCCUCAGCAGUUCCAAUUCUACCAGCCACAGGGGGCCCCCUCCUCAGCCUCGGCGGUGGUGGCGGAGAUGGGACCCAAGCCCACUGCCACUGGGGAGCCUGCCCUCACGUGCGUCAGCAGGGGCAGCGACACCAGGAUCCACUCAGCAGCCAGUUCCCUCAUCAUGGAAGGCAAAGAAAUCCUCGCCAGGAGUGAGCCUCUACCAAAACUGCCUGCAUCUCCCCCGCCAUCCAUCCUGGUGAAACCAGAGAACUCAAGAAAUGGCAGCGAAAAGCAAGUCAAAACCGUGAGAUUUCAGAAUUACAGCCCUCCUCCCGCCAAACAUCACACCUCUGGGAAGCCUGAACAAGCAGCCACCCCGAAGGGGUCCCAGCCUGAAGCAGCCCCCUUGGGCCCAGAGAUGACCGUCCUAUUCGCCCACCGAAGCGGCUGCCAUUCUGGACAGCAGACAGACCUCCGGAGGAAGUCAACUUUUAGCAAAACCAUGACCCCAGCGCCCACUGCCUCGGCCACGCAGACCGUGUUUCCCAGCAAAUGAAUCUACAGGUGGCUUUUCCUAGACCCCAAAGAGACCCCGCCUUCCCAGGAGGAGCUAGCAAUAACCGGAUACUGAAGAGAGCAAAUCGUCUGCUUGAAUGGAAACCGCUUGGUACAGAGCUGUGGACCAUGUGAUACUCCUUGGACAUCAGGGAUGGUACAGGAAUACCAGUAGGCUGGCCUCCAAAACAGAAGGGUAAUACGAGAAAAAGCAAAUCUGUCUUCCCACAGUAUCAAUGGGUGGCGGGCCAGGUUGGAGAAAAGCACGUGAGUCAUGUGCCGCUACAGGUUACACCAGACUCCUGGCCCUCCUGUUAUUCUGUUCUGCUGUCAAAGCCAAACUUUGUCUUGCCAAUUUCUCACACCUUGGCACCUAACUGACAAAUGAAAAGACCGGACAUCAAACACCUCCCAACACUGUGUCUGGCCUAUCACUCCAGCUCAGAUUUAGAGCAGUACAGGGGAUGGCAUAAUAUUCUCCUCUCAGGUGUUCAAGCCAGAGAGGCCAGUGCUUCUUCACAAUGCCCCCAGCCUUCACUCCCUCCCCUGACUGUGCAUCCUGCAUCACUCCACCACAUCCACAUUCUUUUCCAUUCCAAUUCCGUUCUGUCUUUCCACCCUGACACUUUCUGAUCCAGAGGGUUCUUGUUAGAAUAUACCAAUCAAGGAAAUAAGGACUUAGUAUAUAAAUAAUCUCAGACAAGAAACAUGCAUGAUCUUAUAAGAGAGAUGCCACAGACUGCAGUGCUUACUGAGAGGCUAUUGCAAGUCUAAAGAUAUAAAAAUCAGUUAUAACCAUGUAGGCUUUUUUGUUCAGAAAUAAGUCAUCUUAAAGAAGUCAAAAGAAGAUAUUCUACCCCUGUUUUUUCAAAAAACUAUAAUUUAAAAUAUAAAUUUUAAAUUAUCUGUGCUAACCUGAGAGAGAGAUUGUACAGAUAAAUGAAAUGCACAAAUACCCUCAGACUCUUUGAGCCAUGUGUUUUCAUCUUCUCCCCCAUCUUAAGACAUCAAUAAGAAUUUCAUUUCUAAAAGCACAUGCCACCUUGAUUAUCAAAGACAAUGACAGGAAUGCAGCAUGAUUUGGAUAUGUACUGAUAGAUGGUUUUGAAGUUCAGUAUCAUAAUUUUGCACUGAAGCAUCCCCAGUCUUUCAUCCAGUCCUGCUGGUAAGGAGCCAAGCCAAACUAUGAGCUGAGUAAGGACUGUAUUUUGUGGUUACAGAAAUGUUUCCCUCUGUGUGAAGCUGUCACUUGCAGGGCUCAAACUGGCACCCGUGUCUUAAUGGGAUGACUAACUUAAUGGACUUCUUAAUCAUAGCCUUCUCUUGGUUAACCCCAGGGGAAGGUGAUAAUAGGCAACAAGAAGCCCCACAGCAUUGGCUUUAUCUGCCAAGAGGUGAGUGAGAAGCAAGAAGUAUGAUGAGACCACAGAAAGGCCAAUGUAGUGACAACACCUCCUUCUUACACGUGGUCCAUGAUGGUACUGCCAAUUGUCGGUCAUCCCUUUUCUCUGAACUGCUGUGACUAAAUGUUGGUUCCAUUUCCUCUGGGAUGAAUUCGGGUUUGGCUGGCUCCUCAUUAGCCUCAGGAGCAAUGAAUAGAGAGAUGCUGCCUUCAGAUUCUGGCAUCUACUUGUUACAAUCAUGAGGCCUUACAACCCACCUAUAGAUAGGUUUCAAAGACUUCACUUGCCAGGGCAAAGUCAUAGAGUGUCAGAGUUGGAAGGAAUUUUAGUUUUAUAGGUGAUAUACAGAAAGGUUAAGUAUAGGCAAGGUGUCCACACAAAAGCAAGUUGUAUAAGCUGGGUGGGGAUGGGGGAACAACACAGCUUUUAAUGCCCAGAAACCAUUAGACCACAUUGGCUAAUUAUAGCUUUGUCCCCAAGGCCCUCUCGCUCAGACUUUCUUCUCCUUAGACUGGCUUCCCCCUCUCACAUUUAGAAUAACAAGAAACCACCACUCCUAAUUUUACACUUGCUGUUUUUUCAUAUCUGGGAACUUUCCAUGUCUUAUAGUUUCAUGGAGGGUUUCAUGAAGAGUUAGCUUUCCUUUGAAACUGCUUAGCCAAAUAAACCAAAUAUUUUUUUCUAAAGCACAAAAUGAAGACUAUGAUUUGUUCCCAGCCAAACUCAGAAGCGUACGAAAAGCUCCCCCAUUUGCUAAAGUUUUCAUCUCCAGACUGUGAGCUCCAGCAUAUAUAUUCCAAAUUGUCGUGGGUCAAAAAGUGCUGGAGGUGGUGGGAAUGCAGCCAAGGAUGAAGUAGAAUGAUUAGAAUGAGGUCAGCCCAGAAAUGCACCAGAGAAUAGUCUGCUAACCAAGAAGUCUGAGUUUCAUCUUCUGGAAUUGUUGCUUCUUAUUCCUGCAUGCUGGGUCAGGGGGAGAGGGUGUUGUUUAGGGGGAAAAAGGAGGAAAGAGAAAAUGGAAGAGGAGAAAAAUUCACUCCUCCAUGGAAGUAUCAGCAGAAAAUCUAUAGACUCUUUCGUCUCUGCUUCUUUUUUCAGUACAAUGUUUUUAAUAGACCAAAAGACAAUCUUUAUGAUGUAAUAGGUAUGUGAAUAAUGUUUAUAAAAAGGGUAUAUAUAACAUGUUAGUCAUUAUCAACUAUUGUAUAAAUAAACCUUAGAUAUGUAAAAUAUAUAAACAUAUAAAAAUUAUUUUAUAGGGCAGUGGAUACUUUUCAUAUCUUCGUUCCAAAAAAUAGAGAGUUCCAGGGCUGGCAUCUUAUUCUUCAUUAGUAUAUUGCACUGUAAAGCCAAAAGGUUUGGUGGGGUUUCAUUUGUUUUUCUUCUGGUUUUGUAAUUUAUAAUAAUCUGAAUGGAUUACUUUGAAAUGUCUGUUGCAUGUGUGUUGGUAUUGUUUGCCCACACGGAGUCAUCAGAGAUCCAGCCCACAUUUUGCAUCCUGGAAAAUCAAAAGGAGUUUUCCAGUGAGAAGAGAAACACAGAGAAGAAGCCUCCGCUGUUGGGUAACUCAGAUUUGUACCCCUGACAGCUUCUUGUAAGUCUGAGGAAAUGAGAAGUUUAAGAUCAAAUUUGUCGUCUCUCACUUAAGCACUGGGCAUUGGAUAACUUUUCUGCUGGGAAGGAAGUACAUAUUUUUGUUAAGUUCUUUCUUCAUGGACUUGACAUGUUCUAGGGGAAACUAGAAGUCAUGGCCCUAAGCCACCUUUCUUCAGGACCACUCUCCACCAUCCGUUUUCAAAGAACCAUCCACAUAUCAAUUCUCUGAUGUUCCGUGAUUCAUUGGCAGACUCAAUGCUUUCAGAGCCCGGAGUUUUAUUUGUUUGGGUUUGUGGCUCUAAAGAAGUGUUAAGUUUGCUCUACCACCGAGACCGAUCAGAAGAAGCAAAGGGGAAAAGGGAGCUCCCUUGCUGGAGAGGUUCGCUUGCACUUCUGACCCCCUCUGACCACAGCCAAGAGAAGCACUGGGCCAGUAGCCGGUGCGUGAAAUGUCAUCUACUCUUCACGCAGUGAGGGGUCAUCGUGUGAGAGUGGAGAGGUCACCCAAGUCUCCUUUGCCAAAAAUGCAUAUUGUUCCCAGCUGUAAGACUGUGAAGCACAAUAUGUGUUUUUGCAUGAAACAAUAAAAGAGGUUUAUUUUCACUUAAUAGACCCGUCCCUCAGGCCUGGUGUUUUCAGUAGCUGGCUUGGAGCAGGGAGUACUUUAUCAUGUAUUAAAUGUCAACAUUGCACAUUUUAUUGUUCCCAAAGAGCUUUGGUCCCUGGCAGCUGCCCUGGACAUCCAAAAGGAGGGCUGAGAGGAGUCCUUCGUCAGACAGGAAUUGCUCAGUUUCAGUGGGGAUGGCUGAGCGCGGGGGUGAGUGACACUUCCCCUCAACGCUGAGUUCACCAGGCUGAGUUCAUCAGGCUGAGUUCACCAGGCUGAGUUCGCCUCCCUAGAGCAAACUCCAGUUUGUGCAAACACGAGGGCCCAAGAAGGCCUCUUAGCCAGAAACUUUCUCUGCUUGCUUAGUGCAGGAGUUAGUAACACAGCCUCAAUAGUCUGACUGCCUGUCACUUACCAGCUGUGUGGUCUUGGGCAAGUUACUUAACCUCUCUGUGACUCAGGUUCUUGUCUGGAAAAUGGAGCUGUAAUAGCUCCUUCCUGAGGGAUGUUAAGGAUGAAACGUCUUAAAACAAGUAGAGUGCUUUGAACAGUGCCUGGCACAUACAAGCACUCAAUACAAUUCAUGUUUUACCACCUUCAUAAUGUUUGCCCUAUCCACCAACCAAUUAUAUUAUUAUUUACCUAAUGUUCUUCUUUUAAUUAACUCAAUUUUAACCUAAAACUUGAUAGAAAACUUUAUAUCCCAACUGUAAGUGGAGAAUUAUCAUUUGCUGCAAAUAUAAGGUAACAGUAAAUAGUAAUAAUAGCUGAUAUUUACCAAGUCCUUGCUCCUUCCCGGCCAUUGUGCUAAGUGUCUUGACUUGUUAAAAUACUGACAACCCUAUGAAGACAGUACUGUCAUUUUACAGAGGAGGAAACUGAGGUCCUGACAGAUUAGCAAAUUUGCCUGUAGUUACACAAUUAGUAAAUGAAGGAGGCAGUUCAGCUUCAGACCCCAAGCUGCUCAGCAUUGCUCUGUGCUGCCACGCUAACAAGAACAAAAGUAUUCUAUUCC